AUGCACGGUGAGCUCCAUGCUGUCCGAGAAGACUGCAGCCACAAAUACCAUCGCGAAAGAUUUUCAUUGCGGCGCAGUGAACAUCUUAUUCAGCCAAUCGUUCACCGCGGGGUUGAACCGUCAGAAGCCAUGGACGAUAAUGAACGGUCCCGACCCCUGACGUGGGAAGGUUUAGCCUUGGAGCCCAUUGAUGUUUAG